GUCAGUUAAUAGAAAUGUUUAAAAAUGUUGAAGAGCUGAAGGAAGAACUGAGGAGAACGACGGGCAUGUCCAAUAGGAGUAUUGACAGUCUGCUGGCCCUUCCUAUCCCUGAUAACAGAGCUGAGAUUAUUUCUCGUGUGUUCUGGUUGCAUUCUUGUGAUGCUAAUAUGACCUAUUCCAAAAUGGAGAAUGCAAUGAAGGAAUUCUGCAGCCUGCCUCUUCCAGAAAGAUCCCGGCAGUCUUACCUCAUUGGACUCACCCUCCUGCACUACUUGGACAUUUACAACUUCACAUACAAGGUGUUUUUCCCUAGGGAAGAUCAAAAGCCAGUAGAAAAGAUGAUAGAACUCUUCCUGAGGCUAAAAGAGGUUCUCAAUCAGAUGGCUUCCGGCACACAUCCGCUGCUAGAUAAAAUGACAUCCCUGAGACAAAUGCAUCUGCCCAGAAGUGUUCCAUUAACACAGGCAAUGUACAGAAGCAACCGGAUGAACACACCCCAAGGAUCAUUUAGCACCAUCUCCCAAGCAUUGUGUUCCCAAGGAAUCACCACUGAAUAUUUAAUUGCCUUGCUGCCCUCUUCUCAAAGGCAAAAAGGCAACCACACCAAGGAUUUUUUGACUUAUAAAUUAAGCAAAGAACAGAUUGCUUCCAAAUAUGGAAUUCCCACACAUACCAGUCCUGAGUACAUUUUUCCCUCCAACAUUGAGCCUGAACCUAAAGAUCUCACAGUUGGGGUUGCCCUGCAUGGGGUCACAAAGAUCUAUGGCUCAAAAAUUGCUGUUGAUAACCUCAAUCUGAACUUUUAUGAAGGACACAUUACUUCAUUGCUGGGGCCCAAUGGAGCCGGGAAAACUACUACAAUCUCCAUGUUGACUGGGCUAUUUGGAGCCUCAGCAGGUACCAUCUUUGUUUAUGGAAAAGAUCUCAAAACAGACCUACACACUGUACGGAAGAACAUGGGGGUCUGUAUGCAGCAUGAUGUCUUGUUUAGUUACCUCACUACCAAGGAACACCUGCUCUUAUAUGGCUCCAUCAAAGUUCCUCACUGGACUAAAAAGCAGCUGCACGAGGAAGUAAAAAGGACACUAAAAGAUACUGGACUGUAUAGCCAUCGUCAUAAGAGAGUUGGAACAUUGUCAGGAGGAAUGAAGAGGAAGUUAUCCAUAUCUAUAGCUCUUAUCGGUGGAUCACGGGUAGUCAUUUUGGAUGAACCAUCCACUGGAGUUGACCCAUGUUCUCGCCGAAGCAUUUGGGAUGUUAUAUCCAAGAACAAAACUGCCAGAACAAUCAUUCUGUCGACGCACCAUUUGGACGAAGCUGAAGUGCUGAGUGACCGCAUCGCCUUCCUGGAGCAGGGCGGGCUGCGCUGUUGUGGGUCACCAUUUUACCUCAAGGAAGCAUUUGGUGAUGGGUACCACCUCACGCUCACCAAGAAAAAGAGUCCAAACCUAAGUGCAAAUACAGCAUGCGACACGACAGCCGUGACAGCAAUGAUCCGAUCGCACCUCCCUGAAGCCUACCUCAAGGAGGACAUCGGGGGAGAGCUGGUGUAUCUGCUUCCUCCAUUUAACACCAAAGUCUCAGGGGCCUACCUGUCACUCCUGAGGGCACUGGACAAUGGCAUGGGUGACCUCAACAUCGGGUGCUACGGUAUUUCAGACACCACCGUGGAAGAGGUCUUUCUGAACUUGACUAAACAGUCACAAAAAAAUAGCAGUAUGAGUCUUGAGCACUUAACACAAAAGAAAAUUGGAAAUCCCGGUACCAAUGGCAUCUCAGCUCCCGAUGAUUUAUCUGUGAGCAGCAGCAGUUUUACAGACAGAGAUGACAAAAUCCUGACGAGGGGAGAGAGGUUGGGUGGUUUUGAUCUGUUACUGAAGAAGAUCAUGGCUAUCCUCAUUAAGAGGUUCCACCACACCCGCAGGAACUGGAAAGGUCUCAUUGCUCAGGUUAUCCUCCCCAUCGUCUUUGUCACCACUGCCAUGGGCCUUGGCACACUGAGAAAUUCUAGCAACAGUUAUCCAGAGAUCCAGAUCUCCCCAUCUCUCUACGGUACCUCUGAACAGACAGCCUUCUAUGCGAAUUCUCACCCAAGCACACAAGCCCUGGUCUCAGCACUAUGGAACUUCCCUGGCAUCGACAACAUGUGUUUGAACAUCAGUGAUCCAAGGUGUUUAAAGGAAGACAGUCUGGGAAAAUGGAACACCAGUGGGGAGCCUAUCACUAAUUUUGGUGUUUGCUCCUGCUCAGAAAAUAUCCAGGAGUGUCCUAAAUUUAACUAUUCUCCACCUCAUAGAAGAACUUACUCUUCUCAAAUAAUUUACAACCUCACUGGGCACCGCUUGGAAAAUUAUCUUAUAUCAACUGCUAAUGAGUUUAUGCAAAAGAGGUAUGGAGGUUGGAGUUUUGGGUUGCCUUUGACUAAAGACCUUCGUUUUGAUAUAACAGCAGUUCCUGCCAAUAGAACACUUGCUAAGGUAUGGUAUGAUCCAGAAGGCUAUCACUCACUUCCAGCUUACCUCAACAGCUUGAAUAAUUUCCUCCUGCGAGUUAACAUGUCAAAAUACGAUGCUGCCCGACAUGGCAUCAUCAUGUAUAGUCAUCCCUAUCCAGGAGUGCAAGACCAAGAACAAGCCACAAUGAGCAGCUUAAUCGAUAUUUUAGUGGCGCUCUCCAUCCUGAUGGGCUACUCUGUCACCACGGCCAGCUUUGUCACCUAUGUUGUAAGGGAGCAUCAGACCAAAGCCAAGCAGCUGCAGCACAUCUCAGGCAUUGGUGUGACAUGCUACUGGGUGACAAACUUCAUUUAUGACAUGGCCUUCUACUUGCUACCCGUAACAUUUUCAAUUGGUGUCAUUGCAAUUUUCAAGUUACCUGCCUUCUACAGUGGAAACAACCUAGGCGCCGUAUCUCUCCUGCUUCUGCUGUUUGGGUAUGCCACAUUUUCUUGGAUGUACUUGCUGGCUGGGCUCUUCCGUGAAACAGGAGUGGCUUUCAUCACUUACGUCUGCAUCAACCUCUUUUUUGGCAUCAAUUCCAUUGUUUCCCUGUCAGUGGUAUACUUUCUUUCCAAGGAAAAGCCUAAUGAUCAGACUUUAGAACUUAUUUCUGAAACCCUCAAGCGCAUUUUCCUGAUUUUUCCACAAUUCUGCUUUGGCUAUGGUUUGAUUGAACUUUCUCAACAACAGUCGGUCCUAGACUUCUUAAAAGCAUAUGGAGUGGAAUACCCAAGUGAAACCUUUGAGAUGGAUAAACUAGGUGCAAUGUUUGUGGCUUUGGUUUCUCAGGGCACCAUGUUCUUUUCCUUGCGGCUCUUAAUCAAUGAAUGGCUAAUAAAGAAAUUCAGACUCUUCUUCAGAAAAUUUAAUUCUUCACCUGUAAUGGAGACAAUAGAUGAAGACGAAGAUGUGCAGGCUGAGAGAUUCAGAGUGGAGAAUGGUGCAAGUGAAUUUGACCUGGUCCAGCUGCAUCGUCUCACAAAGACCUACCAGCUGAUCCACAAGAAGAUUAUAGCUGUAAACAAUAUCAGCAUUGGGAUACCCGCUGGGGAGUGCUUUGGCCUUCUUGGGGUGAAUGGAGCAGGAAAGACAACUAUCUUCAAGAUGCUGACAGGAGACAUAAUUCCUUCAAGUGGAAAUAUUCUGAUAAGAAAUAAAACUGGCUCCCUGGGUCAUGUUGACUCACACAGCUCCCUGAUUGGAUACUGCCCUCAGGAAGAUGCCUUAGAUGACCUGGUGUCUGUGGAGGAACACCUGUAUUUCUACGCCAGGAUACAUGGAAUUCCAGAAAAAGAUAUUAGAGAAACUGUACAUAAACUCCUUAGGAGACUUCACCUGAUGCCCUACAAGGACAGAGCUACCUCUUUGUGCAGUUACGGCACAAAAAGAAAAUUAUCCACCGCACUGGCCUUGAUAGGGAAACCUUCCAUUCUCCUGCUGGAUGAGCCGAGCUCUGGGAUGGAUCCUAAGUCGAAACGGCAGCUCUGGAAGAUCAUUUCAGAAGAAGUGCAGAAUAAAUGUUCCGUCAUCCUCACAUCUCACAGCAUGGAAGAAUGUGAGGCUCUCUGUACCAGGUUGGCCAUUAUGGUGAAUGGAAGAUUCCAAUGUAUUGGAUCUUUGCAGCAUAUAAAGAGCAGGUGAGGGGCACCUGGCUUUCUCCUGAAGGUCAAGAACAAGUCAAGGAUAUCCACUCUCACCACUUUUAUUCAACAUAACUUCAAGUUAUAUUACAAAGAUCAGCACCUCAGCAUGCUAGAGUAUCAUGUGCCAGUCACGGCGGGAGGAGUAGCAAACAUUUUUGAUCUGCUAGAAACCAACAAGGCUGCUUUAAAUAUCACAAAUUUCUUAGUGAGUCAGACUACCCUGGAAGAGGCAAUUAUGGCUUUACUGACCCAGAAAAUUUACCCUUUGACUUAUAAUCAACUACUAGGACCAUGUCUGACACAAAGUAGACUCUCAGUUUCUAGAGGAAUCUAUGACUAA